AGAACUAAGUCCCCCGUACUGUACUUUCUCUUUCUCUUGGAGGACGUGUACAGUUCCAUUGCUUCCAACAUUAAAAUAAGGCCCAAAGUUUUGUGUACUAUCCGUCCAACAAGUACUAUCUUCUUUCACUUCUAUCUCUCGCUCUUUCUUUGUCAAGAGCAAGGUUUCAUCAAUCUUUUCUCUUCCAAUAUUUUACAUUUGCUACCAGAUGAAUUCUUAACUCGUAUCAGUAAAAGUUUCGUCUUUUUUUUCUUUUUCUCUUUUUCUUUUCUUUUUUGCUUCCGACAAGACAAUGUAAUUUUCAAAUAACUUCGCAAUGAGUGUUUCACAUUCUCAAUCAAGACUUGCAGAUAUUCUGCGAUGAAAUUUUUAGUGAAAAUGUUGUGGUCCUUUGACCUUGUGAUAGCGUUUUUGACAUUUCUUCUGAUAUCCAAAGUUUUAGCACAAGAGAAUGAGGACGAAUCAUAUAAUGGAAGAUAUUUGGGAAAAUUAAAUACUUACCAUCAUCAAGUUGGAGGUGAAGUCUACGUUGUUGACGAGUAUACGUUACUUUUUAAAUCUUUCAUUUACGAUGGAAAUGGAGCUGAUACAUUUUUUUGGGCUGGAAGCACCAAUCGUCCUGGACCCACAGGAUUUAUUGUUCCAGAUGAAUGGGGACACACGAAUGUACUUGGUCCAUACACAAACAGGGAAUUCACAUUAACACUUCCUGAUAAUAAAAAAAUCAGAGAUAUUAAAUGGUUUGCCGUUUAUGACAUAAAUAGUCAGAAUACAUUUGGAGAUGUUCAUAUUCCGGAAGAAUUUGAUCCUCCACUUCCUCAGAAAAUACUUCAGCUAUCAAAAAGAAAACACAAUGUAUCAUCAGAUGCAAUUGAAAUAUUAGAUGCAAAAACAAUAAAAAUUCCUCAAUUAACGUAUGAUGGAAAAGGUAAAGAUACUUAUUUUUGGGUGGGUGUUGGACCACAACCCACCAGUAAAGGCAAUAAAGUUCCUGAUGAAUAUGGCUAUUUGGAAUCCUUGCGUGAAUACAAGAGUGAAGAUAUAAUAAUUCAAUUACCAGGGAAUUUUACUGUUUUCAAUGUCGAUUGGCUCAGUAUUUUUGAUAUUGAAACGAGUUCAAAUUUUGGAUCAGUUAUCAUUCCGGAUGGUUUGAAUAUUCCUCCAUCGUUAGUAAAGAAUAUACCGUCGAAAAAUAUAUUUGAAAAUAUGGAUAAUUGCGUUCAGCUUCAUAAGAAUUUUCAAGUAAAGUGGCAAAUAUUCGGUCCUCAAAUUACAAUUGGACUGAUUGGACAAAUAGGCGAUCAUGAUUAUAUGGCAUUUGGUCUUUCUGGAUCUGAUGAACGUAGUCAAAUGGAAGGCGCUGACGUUGCUGUUGUUUAUUUAGAUGAUAUUCGAGGAUACGCUAUAGAUUAUAAUAUUACUGCCAAAGCACCCUGUGGAAAAGUUCUUGGACAAUAUAAAGGAGUUUGUAAAGAUGAUAUUGUUGGAGGUUUAGACAGUAAUCAACUUACUACCGCUGUAAGAGAAGAUGGAUUAACGAAAAUUUCAUAUCGACGCACCCUCAUCUCUUCUGAUUCAGGUGACAAGACUUAUCCAAGUAAUGGUUCCGUUUACAUUGUUUGGGCUCUAGGAAGACUUGAUGAAAAUAAUGAGCCCAAUUUUCACGAUAUUUAUCCAAAACGAAGUCUAAAAUUAGAACUCGGACGCCCUGAGCCCUACAAUUCUUGUAUGGAUUUCUCGGAAGAUGACCAAAAUUUGAGAGAGCCAUGGGAAAAAUCCGAUAUUGUUGAUCGAAGCAUUAGAAGUUUCAAAGCAACUAUUGGUCCAUCAGGAGGUAAAAAGGGCUAUCAAGCAAUCACAGGACAAACAACAAUGGGUCUCGCUUGGUACAUAAAUGGUCAAUUGGUACCAGAAUUAUAUUUACGUCGAGGAUUGACGUAUAGUUUUAAUGUUCACGGUGGUAAUAAUCCACAUAGUGCCGAAUUAUAUCAUCCACUUAUAAUAACAGACGAACCACACGGCGGUUACGAUAGAUUAAGUGACAGUGCACAAAGUAAAGUUCGCGUUCUUGCUGGCGUUGAAUUUACAAGAAGAGGAAGACCCCGACCAACUGCAGUUGGUCCAUUAUGCUUGAGCAAACACAAUGAACGGGACAGAAGAUUAGAUGACGAUUUUCCUAGUUUCAAAAAAUUCAACAGAACGUUAAUUCAUCAUUGUGAAAAAGGAGAAAGCGGUGUUCUAGAAAUAACUCCAAAUUCCUCAUGGCCUGAUUUUGUUUAUUACAAUUCUUUCACUCAUGCAAAUAUGGGUUGGAAAAUUCAUGUCAUUGAUUCGUACACCAAAAGUAAAGGAUUUAUUAACUCAUCAAAUUGGUUUUUUAUAUUUUUCUCAAUUUUUUCAUGUUACUAUCUACAAAGACAUUUUAAUUGACAAAUUUGCUCAAAAAUAUUUUGUUGAAAAUCUAGUUUUGCAUAUUUUUUUUUUACGCAUAAUAUACAAAACUAAAAAUAGAAAAUAUCAUUUAUAUUUUAGUUUUAAGGAAAUAUUUUUAUAUAUUUAAGAAAUAAAAAAACUAAUUUUUAAUAAAAUAUUUUUAAAAAAGUUGACAAAUA